AGCUCUGAUAGCGGGUGGAUUAAUGGAAGGUUACAUGAACCUGCUGCAUCAUACAAGUUACGUGAGGCCUACCCGUCCAUCAAUCGGUCCACCACAUUACACAUCCCAUUAAUUAGGGGUGUUGGUGUAAUUGGCAGGUACGAAUGGACGAGACCUUGUAUAUAAAAGACAGAUAAUGACCUCUUACACUAAAUCUCUUGUUGCAUCCAGACCCAACUAUCUCCCUGAGGUUCUGCACAUGGAGUGUUAAAAGUGAGGAUGUUGAGAGUCGUUUCGCUGUGAUUAACGAAAAUAUAACUCUACUGGACCUGUUGUAUCUCUAUCAUCCAGUUAAGGUGCUUUGCAGAACUUAAAAGUAAACCGAAUUUGCCAGAAGUAAGGGAAGGAGUGGGCCCUCUGUAUUGAUGCUCGAGUAACCUCCAGGCUCUAGUCUCAGGUUGCAGCAGACGAUGGCGGACAGAGCGACUACAGAGACGGUGGAGGCUGUUUCUUCCCCCACCGCCAUGUCGGAAGACAUCCACGUUCUUGUUCACCGACCUGCCAUGACACAGGUGGCUUUUGACGAAAUUCACCUCAAGAAGGAGAUGGACCCUAAAGAACCUCUGAAGGACCGCAUCCUCAAGCAAAUAUACUGCGACAAGCGGAGGACCUGGAAACUUCUCAGCACAUACGUGCCUUCCGUCAGGUUUGUUCGAUACUACAAUAUCAGGGAAUACCUGCUUAAAGACCUAAUGGCUGGCAUCAGUGUUGGUGUACUCCACAUCCCACAAGCCCUUGCCUUCGGGCUGCUAGCCUCCCUCAAGAUUCAAGAUGGCUUCUUCACGUCCAUCUACCCAGUCAUCAUGUACCUCCUCUUCGGUACCUCGCCACACGUCUCCUUUGGAACUAGCGCAGUCAUCUGCAUUCUAGUAGCUGGCACUGUCGACAGACGCAACUUUACCCUGGACCAGGUACCCGAGUACUUAGACUACAAGGAAUCUAUCGCCGCUGGGUUAUCAUUUAUCACGGGGAUAAUGUUGCUGUGCAUGGGCAUCUUAAGGCUCGGCUUCAUCACCUACUACCUGCCGGACUCCUUCUUCACGGGCUUCACCUCCGCCGCUGCAGUGCAUGUCGGGACCAGCCAGCUGUCCACCAUGCUGGGACUGAUAAUCCCUAAGUUCCCUGGAGUGUACAAGGUUCCGUUGGCCUACAAAGCUAUGAUCGAAGUGAUUUACAAAAAUCAACUGGGCGGCUGUCAUUAUCUCUAUUCUGCCCGCUCCCAUCCCCAUCGAACUUUUCGUCGUCAUCUUCGUUACUGUCGCAUCGCACUUUGGUCACUUCAAACAGAAGCUUUGGGGUGGCUGUUCAUCGGUAAAGUCCCCAACACCUUACCCCCUCCACAGGUACCUGCGGCCGCGCUGGCUGAAGCCUCCAAAUACGUCAGUGACUGCGUGGUACUGACCAUCCUCAUCUUUGCCUACACCAUUGCUCUGGCAAAAGUCUGCGCCAAGAAACAUAACUACGAGGUGAACGAUAAUCAGGAGCUGAUCGCGUACGGACUGGCGAACCUCAUUCCUUCGUUCUUCUUUUGCUUCCCAGCAUGCGUCGCUCCGCCUCGUACGAUGGUGUCCAGCACCAUGAACGCCAAGACGCCUCUUUGCGGCAUCGUCUCCGUAAUCAUCAUGAUAAUGUUCACGCUCUUCAUCGGCUUUCUUUUUGAACAGCUCCCCAAGCCAGCUUUAGCUGCUAUUAUCUUUAUCUCUCUUAAAAACCUCUAUGUACAGAUUGUAGAAUUUCGUAAAUACUGGAGAAUCAACAAGUAUGACUUUGCCAUUUGGUUCUUUACAUUCUUUUGCACGGUUUUCCUUGACAUCGACUUGGGUCUAUUCAUCGGGGUAGGGGUGUCGUUGGUCACUGUCGUCUUCCAGUCACAGUCUUCCAGAGGGUUCCGUAUGGGCAAAACGCUGAAGGACACGGCCCUCGUGGAGCACAAGCGGUACGCAGACUCCAGGGAGAUCCCCGGCCUCAAGAUAUUCCGCUUCCAGUCGUCACUGUACUUUGCCAACGCCGAGAUCUUCAGGGCUUUCUUUACAGCAAAACCGUCAACCCUCGCAAGCUUCUUAAGUUCCUGCAGAAGCACGAAAAGGCUUUGAAGAAACAGCAAAAAGCGCGUGAG